AUGCCCAAAAAGGAUGCUUUUGAAAUAUAUCAAGACCGCAAGGUUUCUAAUAUAGAACGAAUGAAAAAAUCAAAUAAGUUGGUAACUAACAAUAAAAAUAGACAACCAUUGAAAUCAAUAAAUGUAAACAAACAAGUAUCACAACAAAUAAAAUCAAAACAACAAAUACCAACUACACAAUUAAAUACAAAACAGCUACUACAUAACAUUCAAAAGGAUGAGCUGAAGAAGACAGAUAAAGAAUCUAAAUUAAUUGAAAUAAAUCCAAAGGAGUUAACGUUUAAAAGUUUGGAAAAUAAUAGAGGAUUUCUACCUAGAUUCAAUUCAAUUGAUGAAAAAUUAAACUGUACAAUAAUAAAAACUCCAGAAGUAAGCCAUUUCCAAGAUUUGCUAAAACAAGUAGUCUCGUGGUUUAAACUAAACCGAUAUCAGUAUAACAUUAAAGAGGAGAUGAUAAAUACUAGCGAAGAAAAAUUAUCCAGACCAUCAGGAGUCAACGCAGGCAAUGAAGUAGAUAUUGAUUCAGCUGAUCUUAUCCAUUCCUUAUUGAGUAGCUCAAACAACAAUUUUACGGAUAAAAUUAAUUUCAGUAAUAUUUACAAAAUCAUAAAUAUUCAAGAUUUAAGUGAUAUGUUAACAAUAGCCACUGUGACAAUGGACAAUGAUGAAGUUCUUGAAAAACGAAUUGGUUUGAUCAAAAUAUACGACAUCAAAUUAAUAGUCGGUCAAAGGAUAUGCUUAGAUCAAAUUAAUGAAAAAGAUGCUAUUACUGGAAACUUUACUACAAUGCAACUACUGAAUGGUGAAAAGAUCAAUGUAUAUAUAAAAUGGAAGGUUUUAGAUAAAUAA